AUGGCUGGUGAUAAUGACAGCUUUUAUUGUAGAGACUUUCUGAACGAGCCGAAGUGCGAGCCGACAUAUGGCAUGCUCCAUGAAGACAGCCUGUUUGAACAACUGAAGAUCACCAAUCCUGCAGUGUCACCACAAUGUACUCCGGCAAUGCUGACCCCAAAACAGCCAGUGGGAGAAUUCAGCAUGGUGCAGAGGGAGAGAAAUGGGGGAAUUCGGAAACAAAUAGUCAAACGUGACGUCUUUCAGAAUUUCCUGCAAGAGCACAUCAAGCAACCAGAGCCCCUCUCUCCAGCUGUCAACCUCCCAAACCAAUACCAAAACAAGGUGACCCCUUAUAGAGGCAACAUUGGAAGCAUGAACCAGUAUCCAAAGCAUCACAUCCCGCAGAGCCCUAUUCGGGAAAAAUUCAAACCACAGAUGCAGAGAGAAAAGAAGAUGGCACACAUGCCUGGCAUUCUGGGAGAAGGCUUCUCUACAAGACCCCUAAGCAACACAUACACAAGAGACGGAGAUAAGAAACAGGUUUUCCCUCAGAAACCAUGGUUUGAGCAUCAGGGAGGCAGUCAGUCUCAAAGAUUUAAUAGAGAGAACAGCAUGUUCAGAGCAGGGAAUUCAGAGCAGUACAUACCUCCAAUGUCUCCUGAAAGUGACCUCAGAGGGCACCCCAGCAUUCCCUCAAACAUCAGCCUCAGAUCCACGCUGUCCAACGGAAGUGCUGUUCCAGGCGAGGACACCAGGGACAUGAUGACCCGCAGUGCAGAGAGCACUUAUCAUGGCCGAUCCUCUGCUGCGACAACUCCAAUGGCGAUGAAUCAAGAAGGACCAGCCAUCCAGCUUCUUGUCCACCACGAUGAGUGCAACGAGCAGUGGAAGAGUUUAAGCAUGGAGAGAAAGAUGAUAGAGACCAUCCUCACCAAGAUGUUUGUGGGGAAAUGGACUGCAGCACUGAUCAACAGUUGA